AUGAUAUGUUUUUCAGAAAGAUAAUUAUAGAAAAUCACAAUUCAUCAAAAUAGACCAUUCAUUUAACUUCCAUUGAUAUCCAAAUCAAAUGAAACACUUGUAAUCAUUAAAUAAAUUAAAAUUUAAGAGAUUAAAGAAUAAGCCUUCAAUAACUCAAAGAGAUAAAAAUUAAACAACAAAUCAAUCCUUAGAAAAAGAUGCUUAUUUUCUUAAAUUACCUAAAAUACAUCAAAAGAGUCCAGAAAAAACAGAAAUCAAUACUAAAUUAAUGCAAUCCCAUGUAUCAACAUAAAAAAUGUAAAUUAUUUAUUUAUUUUUGAGACUUUAACAUGAUCAAUCAUUUGAUAAUUUAAAAAAAUAUAAUAAAUAAAUAAAAGAUAUUUAAUUAAGACAUAAUCGAUUUCUUAACAAAAUUGAAGAGUUGUAUAUGAUUACUAAAUAGCAAUAAUGA